AUGGUUCUGUUUUUGUACACAGGUAAAGUGGAUGAGAAGGCGACGCAGCUGCACGCGAUCGCUUCCCUCAAAGUCCUGCUAGAGGCCACGAGGCCGACGGCUGGUGGUGCUGGAGCGACGGCAGCGAGGCACUCCGCCUUAACGGCUGCUCAAGCGAAGGAGACACCGCUUGACCUCCCGAAUGGAGGACUCGCGGAUGUGCAGUUAGAUGCGAUAGAAGAGAUAGGAGACCUCGAGGAUGACACGACGCCGCUGGACAUGUCGUGGCCCUCAGGCUUCCGCAAGCGGCUAACGUACCUGUUGGUCGCGCCAAUAGUCUUCCCGCUCUGGAUGACCCUCCCGGACACCAGGACGCCGAGAGGGAAAAAUCUGUUCCCUAUAACAUUUAUAGGGUCUAUAGUUUGGAUAGCGUUUUUCUCGUACCUUAUGGUGUGGUGGGCAAAUGUGGCCGGGGCGACGGCACAAAUACCGCCCGAGGUGAUGGGGCUGACGCUGCUGGCGGCCGGGACCUCGGUGCCCGACCUCAUCACGUCGGUCAUCGUCGCCAGAAAGGGCUUCGGAGACAUGGCCGUCUCGAGCUCCGUGGGGAGCAACAUUUUUGACGUUACUGUUGGAGAAACUCAUGAAAUACAGUAUCCAAAUAAUCAGAAACAAUAUAAAGAAUCGCUUAAAAACAUCACAAAACCCUUACCCUAUUAUAAUAUAACUAUUGUGGCGGCCUUAAUGAUGGUUGGAGAAGAGCCAAAAACAGAAUGA